GCCAAGCCCGGCGCCGGAAGUGAGCUGUUCGGAGUCGCCGGGACCUGCCACGUCCGAGGCCUGGCGCUGCCGCCGCCGCCGCCGCCGCAACCAUGGUGUCAGUAAUUAACACUGUGGAUACUUCACAUGAGGACAUGAUUCAUGAUGCCCAGAUGGACUACUACGGCACCCGCCUGGCAACCUGCUCGUCCGACAGGUCCGUGAAAAUCUUUGACGUUCGCAAUGGAGGCCAGAUCCUCAUCGCCGACCUCAGGGGUCAUGAGGGUCCUGUGUGGCAGGUGGCCUGGGCCCACCCCAUGUACGGCAACAUCCUGGCGUCCUGCUCCUACGACCGGAAGGUCAUUAUCUGGAAAGAGGAAAAUGGCACCUGGGAGAAGACGCACGAGCACACGGGACACGACUCCUCAGUAAACUCUGUGUGCUGGGCCCCCCAUGACUACGGCCUGAUCCUGGCCUGUGGGAGCUCGGAUGGCGCCAUCUCCCUGCUCACCUACACCGGGCUGGGCCAGUGGGAAGUGAAGAAGAUCAACAAUGCUCACACUAUUGGCUGCAAUGCUGUUAGCUGGGCCCCUGCCGUCGUUCCUGGAAGCCUCAUAGACCAGCCAUCCGGGCAGAAGCCCAACUACAUCAAGAAGUUUGCCUCAGGCGGCUGUGACAACCUCAUCAAACUGUGGAAGGAGGAGGAGGACGGCCAGUGGAAGGAAGAGCAGAAGUUGGAAGCACACAGUGACUGGGUUCGAGACGUGGCCUGGGCCCCCUCCAUCGGCCUGCCUACCAGCACCAUCGCCAGCUGCUCCCAGGAUGGUCGAGUGUUCAUUUGGACCUGUGACGAUGCCUCGGGCAAUACAUGGUCCCCCAAACUGCUGCACAAGUUCAAUGAUGUUGUAUGGCACGUGAGCUGGUCCAUCACAGCCAACAUCCUGGCUGUCUCAGGCGGAGACAAUAAGGUGACCCUGUGGAAGGAGUCGGUCGACGGGCAGUGGGUGUGCAUCAGUGAUGUCAACAAGGGCCAGGGGUCCGUGUCCACCGCAGUCACAGAGGGUCAGCAGAACGAGCAGUGACGAGACAGGCGGGCCUGGCUCUCCAGCUGCCACCUCUGGGGCUGCCCCUUCCUGGGCCAACGACCAAAUAGCCGGGAAGAAGGCGACCCCUCUCCUCAGAUCACUUCCCUGGGAGCCGGGACAAACCAGCCGGAUUGGUCAUCUGCCUUAACGUGACGAUGUGGUUUGUAAUUUACUGUCCAGCUGAACGCCGUCAUGUUCUGAGGGGGAAAAACUACAAAUGACCUUCAAAUCUAUUAUUUUAAAAUAUUUUGGUCAUUUUUUAUGUACCUUUUAGGUUCAGGCAUUAUGGUUUAUGGUGGGGCAGGGGUAUUGUUUCCAGAGUAUAAAUAAACUCAUAUUGCUUAUAA